UGCAUUGCUACACACGUUUAUUGUACUAUAUCGUACACUGAAUUUUAAUGGCUACUAACGAAGAUUUAAUGGACGACUGCCCACGAGAGAGUAAUUCAGCCACAUUCAGCGGCAGACGAGAUUCGAACUCGGAAUUGUUUGAUUCUAUCACCACGUAUUUUGACAAUAAAUUCAAAUCGUUUAAGAGAGAUUUUCGACAGGAAGUACAAGCAGCUUCAACGACGACCUUCAAAAAGUUCAAGGAAAGCACGUGUACGCCAGAUCUCAAGUACAAAGGGAAUAAGAAGCAGUUCUUAUUUAAUAAGGACGUCUAUGAUAAUUUGGAUGCUGCUGCAGAACUCAUAGAACAGGGAGAACAAGGAAAAUCUCUAGAGCUGAUAGAUGAUAUCAAAAAGAAAGUUUGUAAACGCAACAAACUUAUCAAAAUUGCUGACAAAAGUUCUGGCGGUUGGGAAACGGUGCGCGAGUAUGAGUCUGACGAGUUGGCCAGUGACAGCGAGGACGAGAAGAGGCUACGACGCGCUGAAAGUCGUGCGCUCUCUAAACAAAAAGCGAGGAAAAGAACGUUACCAGUGUCUACGCCGAGUAACCCAUACGUUUUUGGGGGUUAUACUCCUACUUCUUCUUUUGGUGCUCAAACCAAGGUCAGGCCUUUUCGUUCCUUUCGACAAGCAGGACGGUCCAGUCAGUGUUUCGCAUGUGGCGGAUGGGGACACUUCCGGGCUGAAUGUCCCAAGGUCAACGGAAGUCAAUUACCCUACCAGCGGUUUUUCUCAGGCUUCAGCGGAUCUCAGCCAGGUUCACAAUCGGCAGCUCCCAAAAACUGGUUCAAGCCUCAAGACUCAGACACAGUCCAAAAUUCAAAAUGUUAA